AACUUCUCCUGUUGACAAUUGAUGGAAGUUGCUCCCUUCGAUUUUUGUAAUUGUCCAAAAAUUUGUUUACCAAUUGUAAUUAUUAAAUACAAAAACUCCUGAAAACUAUUUUGGAAGAAUUUUGAACGAUAUGUUAAGAAGAUUUCAGUGUGCUUUGUUAAAUUUUCUAUGGUUUUGCUGUUCGUUUCAAUAUGGCGAUGGUUAGUUGCUUAGUGCUUCAAAGGUCUCUUUGCUUAUCAUGAAUUUUGUGGAUUUUCUUUCUAUUUCUUUGCAUAAUUUAAAUACGAAACCUUGAUGUUCAUAUUAUCAUUUAUAAGUCUAUGCAAGUUAUAUAAUUAUGAUGAUGUACAUCUGAUAAAAGAAAGGAUUUCAUCUGAAAAAUUUCGGUUAGAUACCACGAUAGAUUCGGCAAUUGCCGUUUUACUAAGUCAAAGGAGAAUUGCUGCCAAGAUAGUUUCUUGUUAUUUCAUUGCAUACCACGUUUAUAAAUAUAUUACACCAGAGGAGAUUGAAAUUUCCUUUAUUAGUGUUGAAUAUUUAUUUUGGAUACUUUGAUUUUUCUACAGUGUUUGAGAGAUCAUUACAAUGAUCGUAUUAAUGCAUGAAUAUAAGCAAGUUUUUUAAAUUAAUAGUUCCUUUUUUUGGAGGUCAAACAAAAAAAAGUUUGGCUUUGCUUAUAAUGAUAGGAACAUGUAUUUAUGUUCCAUUUAGGUAGAACAAUUUAAUUGGGAUAUUAUAAUCAAAGACAUUUAAAAUAAUAUUUUUAAGACUAUAUUGUUAAAAAUAGUCUCAUAUUAUAUAAGUAAGGAUAAUUACAACAAAUUAUCAAAUAAAUUUUAUAUGCAACAACAUUUAAGUAUUCUAAUAUAUAUUAAUUAAUAAAUAAUAAAAUUUGAACAUAAUGGCUGAAACACAGCGAAUGACUGUUUAUGGUAGACAUCCUCCCUGUGCUAGUGGAACUCGUUUAGAGGAACGUCGUGCUAGAAGUUUUUUUGAUUCUAGAUUAGCUUUGAGAUUGGAAAGAAAUAGAAAAUCGGACAAACCAGAUGAUUUUAUAUGUUAUGAAUCAAGUGAUGAUGAAGCAGAAACUGUAAGUGAAGGAAAGCAAUUUUUAAGAACUUCAUUUAAUUUUGUGGAUUAUGUACGUGCAAGAGAAACAAAUACAAGAGAAGUGAGGAAAAUUAAUCAAGAAUAUGGAUUUCGACACAUAUUAACUCAUGAUUUAUUUAAAGAAUAUUCAGUUAGCUUAAACAAUAUGAAUAAAGUCUUUUGUUCUCAAUGGUUAAGUGAUAGGCAAGUAGUAUUUGGUACAAAAUGCAACAAAUUGAUGGUUUAUGAUGUAGCAACACAAAAAUUAGAUCAAAUACCAUCUCUACAUGGAAGACAAAUUAAUUCAGGAGGUGGUGCUGUUCCUGAGCAGCAAUGUGGUAUACAUUCUGUUCAAAUUAAUCCUUCUAGAACUCUCCUAUCAACUGGAGCAAGAAAUAGUAAUGAAAUAGCAAUAUAUAGGCUACCAACUUUAGAUCCAGUUUGUGUAGGAGAAGGUGGUCAUAGAGAUUGGAUUUUUGAUAUGUGUUGGUUAGAUGAUGAAUUUUUAGUUUCUGGUUCUAGAGACACCAAAAUGGCUUUAUGGCGUAUAGAUAAUGAUCUUGCUGAAGCUCCUGAUAAAGCAGAUGUGCCAACACAUAGGUUGAUUCAACCUGUAUGUGUUAAGGAAUGUAGAUCUGCACAAAAAGUACGAGCUCUUGUUUUCAAUAGAACAUAUAAGGAAAUUGCUGCUAUUACUCUGAAUAAUUUCAUUCACAUUUGGUCUGCUGAGACUUUUAGACAAAAGAUAUCUAGAAAAUUACCAGUUUGUCAAGAAAAUGUUUGUCUUGCUGUACAAGAUGAUGGUGUUUAUGCUGUAGGAUGCCGUUCAUAUACUUUACUCUUAGAUGCAAGAACUGUGCAACCAAUAAAAAGAAUACCUUCACGAUAUAGUGGUUGUGGAAUCCGAUCUGUUAGUUUUCAAGGUUCUGUUUUAACUAUUGGAACAGGCUUAGGAAUGAUGUUCUUUUAUGAUGUUAGAGCUCAAAAGUAUCUUGAAUCAUCAAUUAAUUCUAACAGAAUUGUUGUAUUAAAAGCAUCAAAAGGAUAUGUGUUUCCUGAUGAAGAGUACAUAGACGGAUUUCAAAAUGUAAAAUAUACACCUGCUAUAUAUACUCAUUGUUACGAUGGAUCAGGAACUCGAUUAUUCACCGCUGGUGGACCUCUUCCCGUAAAUCUUUAUGGUAAUUAUGCAGGAUUAUGGCAAUAAAGUUAAUUUUAAUCAAUAAAAGGUUCGCAUCGAUUUUUACGUAAGUAACUAUAAAUUGUACAUUUAACUAAAUAUUAUUAAAAUUUUAUCUCAAGAGGUAUAUACACCAUAGACUUAAGAAACGUUUUCUGGUCAUUGUCAUCUUGUAUAUUCAUGUUUGUAUAAUUUCAUUUUCUUUCGAUUUUAUUAUAUGAAAGUGAGAUGUAAGCAAUUUUAUUUAGGCUUUAAAAUUUUAAGAUAAUAAUAUACACUUUUCAAAGAUUUUUAUACUUUAUGGAUAAAUGAAGAAGAACGAAUGAAAAGAUUUUAUAGUUAGAGGUGUAUAUAUCUCAACUGCCUGAUAAAAUAAGUGAUACAAAUAAAUAUAUCCAAUUUUUUAUCAUUUCAAUUGUAUAUUGACUCUGAAAGUGAUUUUCAUUGAACAAUUUCAUAUUACUAAUCAAUUAUAUCAACAUGUUUGUAUGCAAUGUGAAAAGAACCAAAUUUGACGUAUUAAUACAUUAUUGUAUAUUUAAAAUUAAUAUGUGGUGAAUGAUAAUUUUAUGAUUGACAUGAUUUAUGUUAUGACUUUAUUAUCAGCUUAUUGUAAAGUUAUUAAGCUAUUUCUUUUAAUAUAAAAUUUUGCUCUAAUAUUAUUUAUUAUAUUUGAAAUCUAACAAAUUAUUGAAUAAAGAUCUCUUAUAUAAAAUCAAUGCAUUUUAAAAAAAAGCACAUUAUUACAAGUUAUUACUGAUUUAAAUUUUUAUGUUAUCUGCAUACAAUGUAGUGUUUGUAAUUCUUGUUGUACAUUUCUACAUCUGUACAAUAGAAAUAAAAAUUUUAAAAAUUAA